UCUCACUAUUAUUUUCAUUUAUUAUUAUUUUAAUGUAUUAUAGAAUUUUUUAGUAAAUUUUUAUUUAAUAAAUUUUAAUUGUUUAAAUUGUUAGUAAAAUGUUAAAAUGGCCGAUUCCACAGCACGUGAUUCCAACUCUCCAAAUAACACAAAUAAUAGUUCUCACAAUAUCAACAAUGUAAACAAUGUAAACAAUAUCAACAAUAUUCACAAUGUAAACAAUGAUAAGAAUGAGAAGAAAGAGGGAGGAGUGGAAAAGUAUUUUUCGGGUAUGUUAUUUUCGGAUUUUGAGUUAUCUGAGCCGAUUCUCAGAUCGUUGACUGAGAAUAACUUUACGAAGACUACUGAAAUUCAGGCGAAAUGCAUCCCUCCCCUCCUCCAAGGCAAGGACGUACUCGGCAAAGCCAAAACCGGUUCGGGUAAGACGUUGGCGUUUUUGAUACCGUUGGCGGAGGUGUUAUAUCAGGUGAAGUUCUUGCCUCGUAACGGUACUGGCGGUUUAAUAAUAUCCCCGACUCGUGAGUUAAGUUUACAAAUCUUCGAGGUUGCCAGGGAGGUUUGCAAGUACUUACCGCAGACCCUGGGGCUGGUAAUGGGCGGUGCAAAUCGAAAACAAGAAGAGUUUAAACUCUGCAAGGGUGUUAAUAUCUUAAUUGCAACGCCUGGCAGGCUCCUGGACCACAUGCAAAAUACUAAAGGAUUUGUGUACAAAAAUCUGAUGGUGUUUGUCAUUGACGAGGCGGAUAGAAUUUUACAAAUCGGAUUCGAACAGGAAAUGAACCAAAUUAUCAAACUCCUACCAAAAAAUAGGCAGACCUCUUUAUUCUCUGCCACACACACUUCCAACGUCGAGGAUCUCGCCAGACUCUCACUCAAGGCACCCGUGUUCCUCGAAGUGAUGAGUAAUGAGAGUGCGACGGUGAGUGGGUUGGAGCAGGGUUAUGUGGUAUGUGAGGCUGAGAACAGGUUCAUGUUACUGUACACAUUUCUGAAGAAGAACCUGGACAGGAAGGUGAUGGUCUUUUUCAGCAGCUGCAACUCUGUCAAGUUCCAUGACGAACUCCUAAACUACGUCGACAUACCCGUCAAGUCAAUACACGGCAGAAAAAAACAAACCAACAGACUCACCACCUACUACACAUUCUGCAAAUCCAACAAGGGUAUUUUACUGUGUACUGAUGUUGCUGCUAGAGGUUUAGACAUUCCUAAGGUGGACUGGAUAGUGCAGUAUGAUCCUCCGGAUGAUCCGAAAGAUUAUAUCCACAGGGUGGGUAGAACGGCUCGUGGCGCUGAGGGUAAGGGAAAGGCGAUUUUAUUCCUAAUGCCUGAGGAGUUGGGGUUCCUGCACUACCUAAAAUCACUAAACGUCACCAUCAACAAGUACGAAUUUAACCUGAACAAAAUCGCAAACGUACAAGUACAACUCGAAAAACUCAUUGAAAAGAACUUUCAUCUCAAUCGAUCCUCCAAAGAUGCAUACAGAUCUUAUCUACACGCGUACAUGUCGCAUAGUUUGAAGGAUAUAUUUAACGUGCACUCGUUAGAUUUGAAGCGAGUAGCAAAGGCGUUUGGGUUCUCAACACCCCCAAAGGUGGAUCUGAACACAAAGCCCUCAAAUCGCAGUAAAACAAGACUUCUCAAGUUUCACAAAUCCAUUAAAACCAAAUAAAUAUACUAAACACUACUA